AUGCUCCUCCUAUCUUCGCAGGCAGGCAGCUUGGAGUUGGCUGCUGGCUCCCAGCCGGGUGGUGGCAAGGCAGCCAGGAGCUUCUUCGAGGGGCGCGGGCGACAGAAGGUUCUGGCGACAUCCAAGGAGGCCGUCGCCCUUUCAAAGAGGCUCAGCAGCAACCACUUGGUGGCCAUUUCGCGCUUGGGGGAGGCGCGGGCCAAGGUCUCCAAUGGCCUGCUGGACGAGGCUUCCCAGGAUCUGGAGGAGGUUCUUCCGACUUUCGAAGGAGAAGGAGACCAGAGAGCUCUGGGGGCCACGAAGCUGCUGCAGGCCAACAUCUCCAUUCUCCGCGGCAUGCCGGAGGUUGCCAUCGCCAAGGAGGCCUUGGAGUGUCUCCGGACCGGCAACAGCCACGAGCUGGCCCUGGCGCAGGCCCUGGUCGCCAAGAUGAGCCGGGCGGUGCCGCAGGCGAGGGCGGCCGCCCAACCGCAGGCACCGGCGCAGGUUCCGGGAAGCGCAGCUGGCGGCGCACCGGGCACGGGGGCAGUGGCCCCAAAGCCGGCUCAGAUCGACAAGAUGGCGCUGGCUCUGCCGGAGCGCGUGAAGUACACGCUCACUGAGCUCGUGGCCGAAGCCAUCGGCCAAGAGGGCAUGGAAGAGGACCGCACCUUGAUGGAGACGGGCAUGACCAGCAUCGCCAGCAUCAUGCUCCGUGACAAGAUCCAGGCAGAGUUUCCGGAGAUCCCGGAGAUGGAUCUUACCUUCGUCUUCGACUACCCCACUAUUCGCGAGAUGACCGGCUUCGUCCUGACGCAGCUUCCAAACGAUGCCUGA